GGUUGUUUUUGUUUACAUUUUGGUGGAUUAAUUUCUUCCGCAAAAAUCUAAGUUUUUAAUUAAUUUCCAGAGGAAAAUUCCACUUUUCUCAAAAAUGCUCUUUCGGAGAAAGCGUGGGGCAUCUAAAUCAAGCACUGUUAGUCAUUUUCCCGUAGAGAGUAUUGAGAAUUCUUACCAACAUUCGGGAGUUUUCAAAGGCUUCUUUGUAGAAGUUGAAGAUGAAAAUUCUAUGAAAGGUUUCCAGGAAAAUGGAUGUUUUGGCACCAAGAUCUCUCGGACAGAUUCAGAACAAGAAAUACAGAGCUAUAAACUUCAUCUUUCAAAGGAAGAAGCUUUCUUCCUUCAUUUUUGCCUGAAGUGCCUGAAGAUUUUGGGGGAAGAUCAGGAGAUUCUCAGCACUCAGGCAAUUUUUGAUCUCUUCUGCUCCCAGAAGAAGAAUUUCCCAUCUUCUUUUGUGGCUUAUCAGUAUCUCAGGGGGAAAAAAUGGGUAGUGAAAUCAGGAAUGAAGUUUGCAGUCGAUUUUUUGCUAUACAGAGAGAGUCCUGAAGUCUAUCACUCCAGCUACAUGGUCUUUUUCACGGACGACAGUUCCGGAAAUGAAUCUGAAUUUACUGGAGUAGAUUUGCAAGGACUCUAUCGAGUAGCCGAGACUUGCGGAAAGGAAUUGCUUGUCCUCCACGUCAAAUAUCCCGAAGAAUUUGAGAACGACAAGAACCAAUGCUUACAGGACAAAUUCAGCAAAUUCUCUGUGACUGAAGUCUAUCCCAGAAGACACAAUUUCAAUCCCUAAAACAAUAAACUUUUAUUUA